AUUUUAUGGUAGUCACUUUGUGUCAAAAUGGACAGCUCUCACUUGAUUCCGUGGAAAUCCAAGAGCGAAUGGGUUGCUGUGUUCAAUGGGUUGUAUUCAAGAAAUUAUGAUGAGGUGGUGAAAGCUCUGGAUAUCAUAAUUGAAUGGCGUGAUAUUAUGGAAUGGCGCUACAGGCCAGGAAUGGACCUUACUAGAGGAAUUAUGCAGGUAGCCAUUAAUGACCCACACUUCUACCCUGAUACCAAAUCUCCAGCCGAUUUAAAUCAAUUGCAGUUAAUGUAUUCAGCUGAAAUAAUGAGGUUCCUGAACAUGUUAACUGAUGAAGCUGGGAAGAAGAACAGGAAAAUGUCGAUGUAUGCCAAAGCCAAGAUAUUCAAUAUUCCUGAUUGGGUAGUUAAUAUCAGGCAUCAGAUGGCUCAUGGCAGUGUUAUGCCUUCCAUUGAUGCUCUGCGGAUAACUGCCGAUCUUAUUAUUGGAUGGCUUAAGAUUAAUUAUUGGGAAGUAGAAGAAAAGAAUAUGAAAGAAUUGACUGUUGAAAAUAUUAAGAACGUUGUUAAGGAAUCUUUGCCUGCAUUGUUAUCUAUCUAUAUUUCAUUGAAGGAACAAAAUAUUCUUGGAUUCAAUUAUGUUAGAGAUAUUCAAGAUCCAGAUGUGAAAGAUCGGAUUUAUUUAAUAAACAGAUUUAGUAUGCAGGGAGUGAUAUCAAGGUGUAAACCUGAGGAUUCGAAGGAAGGUGAAAGUACAAUUUUGAAGUUGGAAAAAUUAAAACAAUAUUCUAUUUCAAGGAUGGUUUUCUUAUUACUUAAAUUAUUGAAGGAGUUUAUUUAUUCAGAAAAUGUUUAUGGCGUAAAUACGAUAAACAUCUUAGUAGAAAAAUUAAUAGAUGAUUCUGUUCAGCAUAAUGGCAUGAGAUGUUUUGUAUGGGGAACAUUUGUUAAAGCAAUGCAUUCUUGGCUUAAGUUACCUGUUCUUUUAAAAGCCAUGGCUGAUAAAUCAUAUGAAAAUACUGGUGAAAGGGCAUACCAAGCAGGUAUAUGGAAUGUUGAACUCUGUAAAGCUUUACAGAAACGUUAUAAAGUAGAAUAUUUGAAAAAUACUAUGAUAGCUGAAACAAUAUCUGGUAAAUUAUCAAACAGUAAAAGAAAAGCUAAAUAUUCCUAUUUGGAUUCAAAUGAGCGAAAAGAAUUCGUGAAGUUGCUUUUAAAAAAAAAUUUGAACUUAAUUGGUCAGAGUGACACCAAAAUAUUAGCAUGUAUUUUUCAUAGAGUUGAACAAAAAAAUCCAAAUUUACGAAAUGUUUUACGCCUACAAGAUCCAAUAUUUCUUGCACAUUGGGAAGUUGUUAGUUUAAUUAAAUAUAUAGCAUUGAGACCAACAGAAUUCACAGAACAAUGUCUCUUAGCCUUGGCAGACAUGAUGAAGUGUCCGAUUAAUACCAAAACUCUUCAUCAAAUUAUUAAAUUAGGUAAAAUAUUCAAGGGUGAAGGUGUUUCUGUUCAUAAAGUGUCCAGAAUUUUCAAAUCAGUUAAUCUAGGUGGUGAAAUAUUGACUCAAGUUGAAAAAGAGAAGAAUUAUAGAGAAAAUCUUAGGAACCGUAUUAAGGAAAUGAACUCGAUGGUCAAGGCCAAAGAAGAAGCUGCUGAAGAUAUUUCUAAUUCUAAGGAUCAGGAAAAUGUUUCUGGAAAUACUCCUAGCCCCGAAGCCUUUGAAAGUGUUACUGAAAAUAUUACUAAACCAAUUUCUAGAGAAUUCAAAUUAUGGGUUUGUAAAAGAAAUGAAAAUAAUGUUUAUGAAUUAGAGCGAAAGAAAUGAAAAAAAAAGUAAUAAUAGUUGAACCCAGUCGAGGUUGAGACAUUUUGUGACUAUAUUAAAAUUAUGUCUCUCUUUCUCUUCUCCUUUUUGUGUAAUAUGGUGUCCCAUUUUAUAUAUAUUAAAUAGACUUUAAAGUUAAAAAAGUGGUAGCCUUAUAUUAUUUGUUGUGGCUUCCAAUGAACCAUUGAUCAAUCGAUCUAUGUUUUUUAAAUAAUUAAUUGUGAA